UCCCCACAGUCAAAGAAUGUCUUAGUCGCCAGUAUAGAGAAUGCGUUUUAUUUAUGAGAGAGCCGAUAUUGUUUUUCUGUAUAAUAUUGGGCUAGUUGGUGCGGGGGAAGAUGGAAGGCGCCCAUCUGUACAUAGGCAGUUAGGAAAGGACCUAAACGCUCUCACAAGCAAGGUUGUGGACUUAGAAGACGACGUCGUAUGGCAGCCAGGCCAGACUUUUCGAGAGCACAUAUGAACAAAGUCGCGCAGUGAGGUGCAGUGAGACCCUCAACGGGGUCUAAAAUUCAAGUAGACGAAGAAACAAACGCUCGAUAGAAACACAAGAGUCAUGGGGGAAAAAGGAAAGCAACAGUAUUAUCCACGAGUAGCUAUGAAGCGCAUCAAAGAAGUUAAAGAAUAUGUGGAAUAUACCUUUGAGAAACAGCAAAUUCUAGUACUCAAGUUGUUUUACUUUUUCGGAUUGUCAUCCUUAAGUUUGAAAGUGGUUUACAUGCCGUUAUAUUUCAAGCAAGUAGGUCUGCCCGCGAGUUAUGCUGGUAUCCUUGCUGGCAUCCCGCCAUUCAUCCGUGGGGGCGGGGCCCUCUUCCUUGGAUUCCUGGCUGAUAAGUUCAACCUGAGGAGAAAUCUGUUUCUGGUAAGCCUCGUCGCCAAUAUGGUCAUCCCGCUUUUGUGCCUCAUCCCGCGGGUCGAGUAUCCCGCAUGUGAUCUGGACUUUACCGAGGAACCCGUCACCGACCCCCUGGGAAUGCCUUACGAAGGAUCAUCACAAACAGGGGUGCAGAAGCUGGUAACGGGACAGUUUCUCAGCGGGAGAUAUGGGAACAACUCGCAGGCGCUAGGGAGGACCCCUAUUGAUAUCAUUGUGAUUAACACAACUCUUCCGAAUGCUAAACCUUCGAACCAGAAUAAAAAGGAGAAUGCUACGGUGAUGCUGGGAGCCAGCGGUCUUACCAACAAAGGUAAGGAUGGAUACAAGGUGACAGUGACCGGGUCGCUGACUUUGUCAGGGAAGCUGACUUACAAACAAGAAGCUCUUGAGAAGAAACGCAGACUUGAUCAACAGAGUGAGGAGAGUUUCGAGAUUGAUAAGAAAGUCCUUAAUGGGAAUUUAUUAUCCAAGAAUACGAAAAAGGGAGAAUCUGAUAAAGAAAAGAAGAAAGCCAUAAAUGGGCAUGUUGAAAGCCGUGAAGAAGAGAAAAAGGAAGAUGCCAAAGUUCAAAGUGAGAAAGAAAGUGAAAUUGAAAAGAAAAACCCGAACAAGAAACAAGUUCCCAUGUAUAUAAAUAACAAAGAAAAAAAGGAAAUAACACAUAGUGGAAACAGCGAAGUAAAAAAAUAUAAUGAAGGUGUUGAAAAGGAAAAGAAGGAAUUGUCUCCAACUAAGAAAAAAUCCGCAGUACGAGAAUGGCCUGAGAUCAAACACCAGGCAGAGUUCCAUCGCCGUAUAACACGGUCGGUCGUGGGGAACUUUUUGACAAAACGGGACGAACGCCUUGGAAUCUUCGAGUUCUACCGUAGGACUACUGGUAAACCCAAUAAGAAGACGUCAACAUCAACGACUAAGCCAAACAAUGGAACAGCAACAAAGACCAAGGCAACGAAGAACAAGACCCCGCAGGAAAGCCACGAAGCCAUGAUGGCCAUCUUUACCACUCUUCUUCUUCUGCUGAUCAUUGGCGAGUUUCUAGGUGGGCCCAUGAGAAGUCUAUCAGACCUGGCAGUUCUAGAGACGCUGGGUGGUGACAAGUCCAAUUACGGAGAGGUGGCACUGUACAUGCAAGUUGGAAAGAUCUUUCUGGCCCCGCUCAUUCUGGUAUUGAUAAGGAACUACCCACUCCACGUGUGCGAUGUCCUGAAGGAUAACUACGAGUACUCUCUCUAUCCUCUGGCGGCAUUCAUCGCUAUUUCUAUGAUCUUUGGGCUCUCCAUCAAGUUCAAGCAGGAGGACGAGGAUAGCAAAAUAAGACCUGAGGACGCCGAGGGUGCAGAUAAGACGCUGUACGACGUCAUCUUUACCUUCAAGACCUUCACCAUCCUCGUGCUGUCAUUUUUCGCGGGGGGUCUCAGUGCGGUCCACUACACGUUCAUCUUCUGGUACCUGACAGACCUGAGCCCUGAGGACUCAGCCAUGGUCAUCGCUGUCGUGAUCGUUCUGCGAGACAUCGUGUCUUCAAUCUCAUACAAGUUGUCCGGCCGGACACUUGGCAUUCUCGGUCCAGUCAACACCCUUCACCUUGCCCUUCUUCUUUACAUCAUAAGCUUCCUGUCGUAUGCUGUGAUGGAGAAUCCGUGGUUUGCUAUCAUCCCGGAGAUUGUCCAGUACAUCGUGUUUCCGCUGGCUUACUCGAGUUUCGUGGUGUAUUUGGGCCGCAAUACGCCACUUCAUCUCAACGCUACUGUGCAAGGAAUCUACCAAUGUCUGUACUAUGGCGUGGGAUUCGGCGUGGGUCCGUUAUUGGCAGGCUUCUUAUUUGAGCAUGUAGGCGGGGCCUAUACGUUCCUCGUGUUUGCUGGCAUCAGCUUUGCUCUGCUCCUCUUCUCGCUCGCUCGCCAUGCCAUCACGCGACACAUGGAUCGCGCAGACGAUUCUUCCUACAAGCGUGUGCCAGAGCAGGAAAGCGACGAAGAACCAGCCACCAUGGAACGAGACGAGGCUGAUUAUUGACCCAAGAUCGACAAUGUGAAACAAAAAUAAAUAAACGUAUGUAAUUAUGUGAGAAACAAGCAUGAAAUGGUAUAGAGAUAACGAAACGAUAAAUGAAAAUGAAUCUAAUAAACGAAAUUAUUGGCUCUUAUCAGGGCUGCACACAUACACGAAGGUUAAAUGUAACUGUUGCACUUACACAAUACAUCGUAUUUAGUCUAUUUAUUGAGUUCGCCCUGAAGUCUUAUUAAAGACGAAAAUUUGGGUCGAAUACCAGUUUUUGGUGUAUAAUAUUUAUUCUAGGGUAUACUCAAUGCGAAAGAUAAAAUAAUGUAAUCGUAUAUUAAUAAUGAAUAAAAGGAGAUGUUCUUUAAACGAAAGAUAAAUAUACGUGCUCAUGCCGAUUUUUUUUCUUUUUAUCUGUUAGCUCGUCUAGAUAUUUUUUAGUCUACUUCGCCUUUGAACACUGUGCUUUUAAGGAUAUACACAACUCCGCGGUUUUUAUUGUAUUCACUAAAAUACACUUUUUCUAUGAGAGAAAUAGAAAGACGAGUGUAGUUUGCCUUGAGAAUUCUGAUCCAUAAUAUUAUUCAAUUAAAAGAUUAAAAAAAUCUUAUUGACACAAGUAAAGUAUUUCAUAGCUUUUCAUCGCAUGUACCUUAUGUAAGUUUGUGUAUAUGGGAAUAAAACUUAUCAACGUG